GCGAAAGCUUCUAUUUUUGUCCUCCAUUUUUUUAAAUUCGCGCGCAAUCCCGGAAAACUGCGCGUACUAUUUAUAAACGGGCUAUAGCUACCCCCAACCCCUAUAGAAGCACUUUUUUUUUUAAUGUAUUGUAUUGUAUUUGAAUACCUGCUCAAGGUUAUAUAUACAAGAUUUUUUUGCUUUACUGUGACUAUCUCACUCUUUGAGAUGAAAUCUGAGAGCAUCUCUUCGUCCUUCUAGACGCAUUUACGACUCUAAAAUGGUGUAGGUUACCGUUAGUUACUGCUGGGGAUGUCUGAAGGAUGGCCAGGUAAAUGGCAGGGCAGUUCUCAUUAUUUUGAAUUUCUGUUGGGUGUGUAGAGGAUUAACUAUGAAUUUUCACUGGCUAGCGCACAUUUUAAUACAUCAUCCUUUGGUCAUUCUUUUUGGAGUGCUUGUAUUUUCUGUCACCUGCCUUAUUAUUCCUUUUACCCUUAAAUCUCUCCCGGACUUUUCUGAUCCACAAAUGGGUUUUGAAACACGAGGAACCGUUCUGUCCAGUAGAUUAACGACUUGGAAAAAUUUGGAAAAAUCGACAAAAUUCUCGGGACCUUUUGCAGUUAAUCCUAAAGAAUUUUUGGAACAAAAAGAUUACAGUACGAGAAAUAAUUUUAAGCAAGCCUUAAAUGAGUCUUCGCCCAAUAUAUUUAUUAAUGUUUACAAUGAGACUAGUCGUAAAAGUGAAAAGAACAAUUGGCUCACAUUGCAAAAUCUCAUUAAGCAUAAGUCACCAGGACAGCACAAUACACAUCGCAUAGCAAAGGAAGGUUACUUUUGUGGUCAACCCGAUCAUGACUAUGCGCAUGCAGUAUUAAAAUCUGAUAUGGAUGCAGACUUAUUUACCAUGGAGUCAUUGUCAGCCCUGUGUAGAUUGGAAUAUGAAUUAGUGCAAGCCCAGUAUUAUAAAGAGUUGUGCUUGCAUCCAUUCAAAAGACCGAAGAAAUGUUGUAAACCUUGGUCUCUUUCUAAUUAUAUUGCUCAGUUACAUAACAGAACUUCUUGUUUAGCAAUUGUGGAAGAAGAUAUCCAGAAUAUGAAAAACUUGUUACAGUCCUGUUCACAAUACUACCAUAAUUUACAAUUAGCUCCAGAUUGUUAUGAACGAGGGCAUUGUAAAGUUCCUGUAGACUGUGUGAAGAAUAACGCUGUGUUCAACAUAUUAAAUUUUUUAACAAGUACUUCCUUCCUUCCUCCUAAUGAAAUAAUGAAGACUGAGUUAAAAGAAACAAUGAUAUUUUUACCUAUUGCUAGUAGCACAGCUGCUUUAGAGUAUUACAAAGAUUUAAAAGAUGUAAAUUUAAAGUUUCAUGGGAUUUCUUUGGUUGCCAUAGAAUUUGGGAUCAAAAGUGCUUUAUUCGACAGGUGCUUAAUUGAGGAUGCUUGGUUUAUGACUGCAGGGGGAGUGUUUGUAUUUUUAUGCAUUUGGUUCUACACCAGGUCUUUGUUUAUUACGUUCAUGACUGUGAUUGCCAUCCUAUUCUCACUUGGCAUUUCAUAUUUCGUGUAUACACUUGUUUUUGAACUGAGAUUCUUUCCAUUUAUGAAUUUGUUAGCUACAAUUGUUACUAUUGGCAUUGGAGCUGAUGAUGUCUUCAUAUUCUGCAAAGCAUGGCAUAAUUCAAAGAAACAGAAAGAAAAUUCAGUUAUCCAAAUGGUUAAUGACGCAUUUGAUCAUGCAUUAGUUUCGAUGUUGAUUACUUCGGUCACAACGGCCGCCGCUUUUUUAGCAUCGUACAUUAGUUCUAUAACAGCGAUACGUUGUUUCAGUGUUUUCGCAACAACUACCAUAAUUGUUAACUGCAUAUUGAUGAUGUCAUGGUUACCUGCGAGUAUAUUAAUUGCCGAAAGAUUCCAGACCAAGUGCGCAACAAUCUUUACUUUCCGCUCAUCACCAUUGAUAACAUACUGGAAAUGUUUGGAGCAAUUUUGGAGGUACCAGUUCAGCUUUUUUAUAUCGCUGUGGAAUAACAAAGAUCAGCUGGUGGCAGAUAUUGUGAUAAAGUUUCGCCUGUUUUGGUUAAUAUUCCUGUCAGCUGUAGCCAUUUGUAGCGCUGUUAUGGUGUUGUACUAUCCUAAGCUGCAACUUCCGAAUACUCCCGAUUUUCAAUUAUUUGAGAGUUCGCAUCCAUUUGAAAAAUAUGAUUUGAUUUACAAAAAUCAUUUCUGGUUCGAACGCUCUGAAAAGAGUGGUAAUGGAAACCCUGCAAACUACAAGCUGCCUUUACGUUUCGUUUGGGGGGUAUUACCUGUUGACAAUGGCAAUUACUUAGACCCACAAUCAUUAGGAAAACUUCAAUUAGAUUCGAAUUUUAAUAUGUCUCAAAAGGAAUCUCAAAGCUGGCUUUUAAAUUUUUGCCGUGCAAUUCGAAAGCAGCCUUUUUAUCAAACAACAUUAGGUGCACUGCUGCCAAAUUGUUUUAUUGAAUCAUUCAUGUCAUGGAUGCAGCGGCGAUGUGUAGAUCCUAUUGAUAAUAUGGAUCGUAGACCUUGCUGUGAAAAGGAACAUUUCCCUUACAAUAGUACUGUAUUUGAUCAAUGUAUUGUGUAUGCAAUGAGUGAUCUGUAUGAAACUCCAUCGGAAUAUUUUAUCCCAGGUAUGGCUGGUCCGAAAUUUUCUAAAGACCAGUUUCCGACAAUAAAAGCUGUUGUUGUUGAAUAUGAUAGCAAUUAUUCAUACUCAAUGUCGUACGAACAUAUGCACACUUUUUUUACACAAGUUGAAGAAUGGAUGAAUGAACAGUUAAGGAGUGCGCCGACGAGUAUGAAAAGGGGAUGGUUCGUUAGUGACUUGGAAUUUUAUGAUUUACAACAUGUCUUGUCACAAGGCACCAUUGCUGCAAUUGGCAUUUCGAUGGGUUUGGCCCUGGUUGUUUUAUUGGUGGCCACUUUAAAUAUCCUAACUAGUUUUUACGCCAUCUUAACCAUCACGUGCAGUAUAUUUGUUAUAAUGGCAAUUUUAGUGUCAUUAGGCUGGAAAUUAAAUGUAUUAGAGUCAAUCGCUGUUUCAACAGCGAUUGGACUUGCAGUAGAUUUCAGUCUACAUUACACUGUGCAUUAUAGAUUGUGCCCCACUAGUGACAAUCGUGUGAAAAGUACUCGAUAUGCACUCGCUAACAUGGUGGGGCCGUCACUAAUGGCUGCUACUACUACUAGCGCAGCAGGCGCUUUUAUGAUGCCGUCAAUUAUACUACCGUACAUACAAAUCGGAAUAUUUUUAAUUACAGUAAUGAGUGUCAGUUGGCUGUAUGCUACCUUCUAUUUAGGUUCAUUAUUGGCAGUUGCUGGACCUGAAAAUCAAUUCGGCCAAUUCCAUUAUUCAAAAUUACUUUGUUACUUUGGUUCUAAAAAAGCAACAAGGGAAAGACGAACAUCACUGACACUAUGUGACACCCAUGAACUUGAUUCGCUAACCAGUAAGUGUGGACAUGCGUAUUCAGCAAAUAGAACAUUACGACGAUCGUUAAGUGGCGACAAAAACAAUGUGUUUCAGUAUUUUCACGAUCAGUCUCCAUCUGCCACUAGUGUUAUAACUAUCAUGGCAGACGAUAAUGUAAUGUAAAAUACCUACCUCUGUGAUAUGUUUAUUGAUUAUUUUUUUAUUUUUGACAUCUUCAAUAUGAAAAAAAGAUAAAUGUAGGUAAGUAAGCGUAUGUACUUGUACCACAUAUAUUUUGCAUUGAAAAUUAAAAAAAAUGGUCGGUGAUGUACUUACUAUGUACCUACUUAUGUAUGAAAUAUAAAACUGAUGUAUAAA